ACAGAACAGCGACUGAAUACGUUACUUCCGCCUUAGCCUUCCGUCACUUCCUGCAUGUGCGGACAACAUGGCAGCCCCCGUUGCUGUUCAUCUGGAGUUUGGAGGAGGAGCAGAGCUACUUUUUGAUGGUGUCAAGGAACAUCAUGUGACUCUACCGAGCCAGUCUGAACCAUGGGACAUGAAGCAGCUGCUGGUUUGGAUCCAACGGAACCUGCUGAAGGAACGGCCUGAGCUCUUUGUUCAGGGAGACACAGUGAGGCCUGGGAUCCUGGUGCUUAUCAAUGAUGCAGACUGGGAGCUAAUGGGAAACCCUGACAUCCCGUGCCCUGUCGACUCUGAGAGGUCUCAAGACAUUCCCAGGUCAGGAGGGAUAUACUUAAAAUCUCUCCAGUGACAUUUGGAUCAGCCUCAGAAUCCCCCUCUGAGUGUGACAUUCCUUCAAAGACAGACUUCCAAGAGGUAUCCAAACCUACACUACCUCCGCUACAUCAUUCACUGUGGAGAAGCAGUGACUCCAUUCCAAGCUUCCUCUGGAUGACAGAGAUCUGUGCUUUAUCUCUAAGCCUGAGUUUAGCCAUUCUAAGAAGGAAGCUCAUCUGAGCUGCAGAAAAGAUUUGUUUCCAGAUAGUUCUUGGCCAAUUCCUUACUAUGUGUGUGUUAUGUGUUCUAUGGUGGUUGGGUUUCAGCAUUCCUUUCCUUGGCCAUGUCUUUGAGCACUAAGCACCUUGUACUUUGAAUGGUUGCAGGGAGGAUGCAGUUCUAUGCCGAAACUACAGAAUAAUGAGUUCCUAAUAGCUUUAUGUUUGAUUUUCCACUAAUCUUUUUGUACAAAAUUGUAGAAAUGUAAAGUAGUCAAAAGAAAAUGCAGCUUGAAAAACCUUAGCGCCGUUCUUUUUGACAAGGUUUAGGCUAGCCUUUGCAAACCAGACAAUCCAAGAAUGCCAUUUAUUUUCCUUGGCACCGUUAUUUAUGCACUAGACAGAAAUAAAGACUUUGACUAAACAAAACACUGUGAUAUAGAUUCUUGAUUGCCUCAGACCUCAACUUCUUGCAUUAAAUAAAUUCAGAUGAUGGGCAUGUUUAAAUACAUUUAAAAAAUUCAUUUGAAAAUGUAUUAAAAAUAAUAAUAUUGUCAAAACACUCACUUACUGCAAGUACAUUUAUUAUCUCUUCAGCCAGUUUUUGGUCUUCCCUGAAUUUUUCACCAAGAAAACCCUAAAUAGAGAACCCGAGGAGGUCAACUCAUUUAAUGCCCGAACCACUUUUAGUGGCUCCUUUCGGUGUGAUAGAGUGGUGGCUUUAUUUUAAAAUUUCCCUUGGUUGAUGGACCAGUACACGAUGUGAGUUUUACGUUUACACUCAGCUCUUUCUUCACUGUGCCCAGCCGCAGAAGCAGCACCAUUUGUUCUGCAAACGAGUCCCCAGUCUGUCUGUCUCCUGUUCCAUCCUAUCCAUGCAAAAGACACAUACUUUGUUCUCCAUUUGUCCACUUUGUUCCUCUUACCAGAAUAAAUUGCCGGCGUGUAAUCAAAAAGACUCAAUUGAAGAGAAAUACCAAAUACAGUCCAGAUAAACUCUGACAAAAUGCAAGAAGGCCAACUUUCUCUUGGUCAAACACAUUUUAAAAGAUUACAAAACAUAAUUUGGUGCUUGGAAACAAAAGAAAUGAAAGCUUUGUGUUUAAGGAUGCAGGACUAUUAAAGGUUAACUUAACAAUAUGUUUUUAAGUUGUUAAAAAAACAGAUUUAAGUGAAACUCCUCUAUAUAGUGGAGUUUGUGCCCUUUCCCCCUCACUGAUUCUCUUUUGCAAUCUGCUCAAGACAAUGAAGAUUUUCUUUUUGUCCUUCCCUGCCUAUCCUUGCCCCUCUGUCCCUCGUUCACACACUCCCUCAUACAAAUGCCGCCUCCACCCUUGACCUCACAGUGAAAAGUUAGCGCACCCGAGGUUGAACUCUCCCAGAUCAGCUGCAUCCACAAACGCUGGGAAAAUUGUGCUGGACGCACACACUUGGGAUCCGUGUCAGUGCGUGCGGGUGUGUGUGUGAGUGUGGCAACACUUGGGGUGUCAAUAGGGGAGAUUUGACCCCCUACCCUUGUGACCUGUCCAAACAAACGAGCGCCUUUAACCCAAGUCCACCAUUGUCACCACCGACUGCCUUCGUUUAUUCACAGAACACUGGAAAAAAACCCUCAAAAUUCAUUAUGGAUCACUUUGCUUAUUAUUGUUCAACAACCCUUUUUUUUCUCCUGGGGUCUUUAUUCUCCACUCUUUCCAUCAUUUAUGUUCCCAACACUUUCCUUUCUAAAAGCUUCCCCUCUGUCCACUUAGACUUAUGAUCCUAAAUAUUCACUUUUGUACAGACUAAGCACAAGUAACACUUUACCACACCUUGAGUGUUCCUCUUAUCGCUGAAUAAAGCUGUGCUAAAGUUUUAGUCAGUGUCUUGUAAGACAGCAACUAAAUGAGUUUCAUUCAAGCUAUUUAGGAAAUGGAAAAUUAAAACAGAUAGAAAAAAACUAAACACAGUUUGUAGACUUCUACAAAAUGCACUGGUUAAAUACUCUGGACUACUUGACAUAGAUUGCCAUUUUCCUGGUGUUUAUUACCUUUAGUAUGAAUCAUUUUCAACAUUUGGCCACAAUUCCUCAGUAUGCCUAUCUCCUCUUACAGUUCCUGAAAGUAGAGACAGUGGGAGACUUCCCUCCUGUAGAACCUGCUCCCAGUUUCAAAUCCUGCCCACCUUGAAGAACAGACUUAAAACUUUCCUUUCUGAUAAAGAUAAGUUAUUGUGGCUUAUGUUAUCAUGACCUGUGUCUGUUGUUGUGUUGGACUGUUGCAAGAUUGCUCCUACUACUUUCAAGGUAUGCAUUAUGACCAAUUACUGUCAGUAACUCUGUCUAUUUUAAUUUUCCAAAAAGUAGUCCUGUCUUGGAGAGUUUUUUCCAUCUUGGAUUGCACUUUUUUUGUAAUAUGGAUCGAACUGGUUCUGUCUAACAGCUCUGACUGCAAGCACGAUUGGAUUUAAGCAGAACUGAAUUGUUUGACAUGGACAUGUUUAUAUUGUAAAAAGCGUUGAGAUUAUAUUUGUUCACCACAUCAGAAUUUCAUAAACCUGUUUCAUACUGAAUUAUUACCUCUCUUACUGACCUGUCAUAAAUGACACCCUGCCAUAUUCAA